AUGAGUGGACGCGCCUCUGCUACAGGGACGAGUCGCGGAUUGGAUAUUUGGAUUGUCUUCAUCCAAACACAACCCACGUUGCCCCUUGAAUUGAGCCGAACGCCAUUAGCUAUGGCUUCUGCUGAAGGAGGAGACAAGUACCGGUCGUUCCUGCACGGCGAUGGCGAGAAGAACACCGUGUGGAGGCAUGGAGCCCCUCCCAACUACGACCUGGUGAACAAGCUCUUCGAGGAAGAGAGGACCAAGGAAUGGCCGGAGGGGUCUCUGGAAGAGAAGGUGCAGCGCCUGCUCAAAAGCUGGGAGAUGGAGAUGGUCCACAAGGUGCGCCCCGAGGACCAGAAGAGCGUCCACCCUAGGAAUUACUCCGCGAGCACCAACGGGCUGAAGCCUCUGACGCGGGAGGAGGUGACCGCCAUCGGCGGCUACAACGCGUUCCUGGCGACCAAGCUGCCGCCGGAGCACCGCAUCUACGACCCGGACAAGGAGACGGUCGACUCCGGCAUGUCGACGUUCCUCACGGCGUUCCCCAGGGGCUUCGCCAUCGAGGUGCUGGACGUGUACAGCGGCCCGCCGAGGGUCGCCUUCAAGUUCCGGCACUGGGGUUACAUGGAGGGGCCGUUCAAGGGCCACCCCCCUCACGGCCACCGCGUCGAGUUCUUUGGCGUCUGCAUUUUCCACGUUGACGACGACACGAGGGUGGAGAAGGCCGAGUACUUCUACGAGCGUGGCAACUUCCUCGCGAGCUUCUUGAUAUCCUAA